AUGAACCUCUUUAAUAUUUUGUAUAUACUUUUAUCAAUUAUUUCAUUUGUGAUAUUUCCAAUAAAUUCAAAAAAUAUUUUUACAUAUAAUGAAACUGAGAACGCCAGUGACAGUACACCCAUUAUAUAUAAUAUAGUUAGUUAUUAUGAUAAUACGAUAGUCGUUCAUAUCAUUCGUCCAGAUAUUUUUGAAGAUGGUAAAUACUUGUCACUGCGAACGAUUUAUCCUAAUGGAAAAGUUGUACCUGUUGAUCUUAAAUUGGAUAUACCAGAUUUUAACUUCCAAUUUUUGAACGUCAAUGGAAGAUUUGCGAGUAGAAUUGAAAUAUUUCCUAUAAGAAGACCUUUUUUGUUAAUAACUUAUGCGGAAGCCCCAGACAUAAAUCCAUUUACUUAUAAUGAACGGGCAAUAGUUGUUGAUUUAAACGGAUAUAUAUACAGCAACAUUUCACUUGGACCUGCAUAUGUUAAUGUUACCGCUAAUCAAUGGCUAAGCAGAAGUAUUUUUGUGAAUUUUAAUCCUGAAAAUGCCGUUCCAAUGGUGGACGGAAGAUAUACGAUAGUUUAUGCCAAUUCUACAGGUUCUACAAACUUAAUCCUAAAUCCUUUUAUUUCACGAGGAGGAAUCUAUGCCAUAAUUUUAGAAUUUGGAUAUGUUACUAAACGAAAACCUGUUAUUCUUUAUCAGGUUUCAAUGCUAGGCAUUGAGUUUACUGAUAUUCAUUGCGAAAUUGCAAAUGUUGAAGUUGGACAAACUUGUAUAGUAACAGCUGAAGAUAAAAGUCGAUACAAUUUAGACAUUUUUUAUCUAAAGGUUGAUUUUCUUUCUUCGGGAGCUAUAUAUAAUAUUAAGCCAUUUAAUAUAACACCAGGAAUUUUUCAAUAUAAUAUUCAAUCAUUACAAUAUGGAGGUUAUUUUUUAAGUGGAACACGUAAUGUUAAUGGUCAAAAUGUGGUUGUUUGUUAUAUUUUUGAUGACAAUGAAAAAUAUUAUGACGUGAAAGACUGUCUAGGCAUCUCGACAAUCUUAAAUAAUAAUACUUAUGUACUUGCUCAAAAUGGAAGUAAGCAAACUUGGAAUUUGAUCACUACUGAUUUGCAAAAGAUUGAGAAGGAACGAGAUCAUGGAUAUAAUAAUUUACAUAUCAAAACCACAACUCCAAAGAUUAAUGAUACUAUCCCGUUUAAUUUAACAUUCCUUACAAUUCAGUAUUAUGACGAAGUUGUUUUAUCAACUGGUAGCAUUGCAAUUUAUCAAGAUGAUGGGAAUUUACGUCAAAUCAUUGCUGGUGUGAACAAUGAAUUCGUUAAUUAUGGUGAUAAUAAUAAUACCAUUAUAAUUCAUAUAAUCAAAAGCACAUUCAAUCAACCUGGCAGAAGAUAUUAUGUUGUAGUUGGAGAUAAUUUCGUAAAGAACAGUGCUAACCAAGAGCCUCUCUAUGGCGUAAAAGAAAGAGUUUGGUCUUUUACAACAGACCUUGAACCAGAAAAAAGCUCUGGUAACGUCAUGGGACGGGUUAGAUUGACUCCAGAGGGGACGCAACAUUUUUAUAAGCUUAGCGUAAUCGAACGCAAUGUUUUUUAUACGAAUAUAACACGAGAAUUGGCUGAUGUAAUUCCUGUCAGUUUAAAUCGUAUAACAACUAAUAAAAGGACUGAAAUUGACAGUUCUGUUUCUUCAAAACAAAUCUUUUUAUCAAUUAAUAUUCAAGAUGAUGAAAAUAAACGAGAAAGAUCAGCAAGAUUAGCAAUGAUUGAUUUAAAUACUUUGAUUAGUUAUAAGCCUAUCACUGCCAUUACUUUUGGAGAAUCUUCAAGAUUUUUAGAUGAAGAUUAUGGAUAUAAGCGUCAUCUAUGGGCAUUUGUAAUUAUAAGGCAAGAAAAUGAAGUAAAUGAAUUUUCAGAAUGGUCAAGAAAUCAUACACAAAUGAUAUCAUUAUUCACCUUAUUAGCAGGAGCUGAUGUUGAAGUUUUAACUUUACUUGAAUCAAAAAUUGCAGGAUAUGAAAUUUUUCAUGCUAUAUUUUCUGAAACUGCAUUAAGUAAAAUAUUUUGGGGAACUUACAUCAAUAUAUUUGUUGAAGAAAUUCCUCAAGUAAUUAUCCAGAUAAUAUACAUUAAUAAUGCCAUUUUUUAUGACAUUAUACCUAUAUUAACACUUUUAUUAUCAUGCAUAAAUUUAAUAAUUUGUAUUAUUAGAAUAAUUGGAAGAUUAUAUAAUUUUUACAAACCAAAAGAUCAUAAAUAUGAAGAAAUAUUUACAGGAAAUUCUAAUUAUGAUUAUAGUAAUAUAAUUGAUAAAGAUGAUGAAAAUAUUGGUAGAUUAAUUGAUGAAUGUAUUUUUUAA